AUUAAAACACAAUAGUGUUGUUAAUUGAUGAUUAAAAAUUUUUGUAAAAUAUAAAAAGCUAAUAUGGCAGGAAUAAACAAUGACAACAAAAGAUCUGUUAACAAUAAUUUAUCAACAAUUUAUGGAAGAGUGCCCACAGUUGGAACAGACAAAAUGAAGGUAACAUUUUGCACAGAUAUGGACAAAUCAGUAAUUGUUUAUAAUUUUGAAAAACGAGGUUGGAGUCAAGUUGGUCCAGAAGAUGAUUGGAAUUUUUACUGGGCAGUAACACAAUCAUGUAGAAAUAUAUUUAGUGUUGAAACUGGAUAUCGUAUGGGUGAUAAUCAAUUAAUAAAUCAUUUUCCAAAUCAUUAUGAGCUAACAAGAAAAGAUUUACUUGUUAAAAAUAUAAAAAGAUACAGAAAAGAUCUUGAAAGAGAAGGAAGUCCACUUGCUGAACGUGGUGAUGUACCAGGAAAAUAUCUUCAUCUUGAUUUUAUACCAGUAACAUUUGUUCUACCAGCUGACUACAAUAUGUUUGUUGAAGAGUACAGAAAAUCACCUCAAAGUACAUGGAUCAUGAAACCAUGUGGUAAAUCACAAGGUGCUGGUAUAUUUUUAAUAAAUAAAUUAAGUAAAUUAAAAAAAUGGUCACGUGAAGCUAAAAAUCCAUUCAACCCAAAUUUAUCAAAAGAAUCAUAUGUCAUAUCAAGAUAUAUUGAUAAUCCUUUAUUAAUUGGUGGUAAAAAAUUUGAUUUACGUCUUUAUGUAUUGAUAACAUCAUUUCGUCCACUCAAGGCAUAUCUAUUUAAGCUUGGUUUUUGUAGAUUUUGUACUGUUAAAUAUGACACAAGUAUACAAGAGCUAGACAACAUGUACGUUCAUCUUACAAAUGUGUCUGUUCAAAAACAUGGGGAUGAAUAUAAUAGUCUUCAUGGUGGUAAAUUAAGUGUACAAAAUCUUCGUUUAUAUCUUGAAAGUACAAGAGGUAAAAUUGUUACUGAAAAACUAUUUUCAAAUAUAUCAUGGUGUAUUGUACAUUCAUUGAAAGCUGUUGCACCAGUUAUGGCUAAUGACAGACAUUGUUUUGAAUGUUAUGGCUAUGAUAUUAUUAUUGAUAAUAAAUUAAAACCAUGGCUAAUUGAGGUAAAUGCAUCACCAUCAUUGACAUCAACUACUGUUAAUGAUAGAAUUUUAAAAUACAAAUUAAUUGAUAAUAUUAUAUCAGUUGUAUUACCACCUGAUGGAGUUCCAGAUGUCAGAUGGAACAAAUGUCCAACUAUUGAAGCCAUGGGAAAUUUUGAACUUCUUUUGGAUGAAGAAUUAGCAGCUCAAGAUGAGAAAGAAACAACUUCAAAUAAAUAUAAAAACUCAAACAACAAAUGGAAAUAA